AUGGCCGUCGCACAAGCAACUACUUCUGACCCUACAUCACAGUCCGCCAACGGUAAUGCGCUGUCGAAUGGGGCUCACAAGGGCAGUGGAAAGGGCAAGACCCCUUUGACAAAGAAUGCGAAGAGGAGAGCAAAGAGAAAGCAAGAUGGGCAUGAUGUUUCGGAGAGCGAGAGCGAUAGGGAGGCUUCGGUCGCGCCCGCACCCUCUGCCAGCAAUGGCAAGACGAACACGCUGGCUGGAAGCUCGACGGAUGGCGAAGCUUCAGGCUCUCGCCCAACUCCCGCCAUGUUCGACCUAUCAAGCUUAGCUGAGGCGCCUGCUCCUGACGACCCAGCCUUCGCAGAGUUUCAGUCCGUCUUUGCGGCAUUCAAAGGGGACGAAGGCGCAGAGGGUCAAGCUGGCGGAGUGGAUGGGUCAGGUAAUACCAAGGGAGAAGUCAUCUACAGCGACGAUGAUCAGCUCUCCGACUCUGAAGGGGAAGAAGGGGCCGAUGGGGCAGCAAUAGAAGCGGCAGUACUUUCGAAGAGGAAACAAAGGAAAUUGCAAAGGCUGAGCGUGGCCGAAUUGAAGCAGUUGACCUUCAAGCCUGAAUUGGUGGACCAGGCGGAUGUGACUGCAAAAGAUCCUCUGCUGUUGCUCCAUUUGAAGGGCACGCGCAAUGCCGUACCCGUCCCUCCUCAUUGGAACCAAAAGCGGGCGUACCUGCAAAACAAGAGGGGCAUCGAGAAGCCACCCUACCUGCUGCCGAGCUACAUCGCAGCGACGGGGAUAGCAGAGAUGAAGGAUGCGCUCAAGGAGAAAGAAGGGGAUCAGAGCUUGAAAGCCAAAACGAGGGAAAGGGUACAACCGAAGAUGGGCAAAGUGGACAUCGAUUAUCAAAAGCUGCACGAUGCCUUUUUCAAAUUUCAACAUCGACCUGACAGUCUGACUGGGUAUGGCGAGACAUACUACGAGGGCAAAGAGUACGAGACGAAGUUUACGCAGCGCAAACCUGGUGCGGAACUUUCCAACGAGCUGAAGGAAGCUCUUAGCAUUCCUCCUCUUGCACCUCCACCUUGGCUCAUCGCCAUGCAAAGAUUUGGUCCUCCUCCUUCGUAUCCUCACAUCAAAAUUCCCGGUUUGAAUGCCCCAAUCCCUCAGGGCGCUCAGUGGGGCUUCCAUCCAGGAGGGUGGGGCAGGCCUCCGCUUGAUGAGUGGGGCAUACCGAUCUACGGUGAUGUGUUGGGCACGGGCGAAGAGCAGACGAAGGAAGCUCAGCAAGCUUUCGAAGAUGAAGUCAGGAGAGAUCGGUGGGGCGAGCUGGAGCCUGAAGAAGAGGAGGAAGAGGAUGAAGAGGACGAGGAGGACGAGGAGGAUGAGCAAGAAAUGGACCAAGAUGCUCAGAUACGUGAAGGAUUGGAAACUCCUCUGCCAGAAGGGAUGGAGACGCCUGGAGGUUUCCAGAGCGUGACCAGCACUGUGCCCGGCGGCUUGGAAACGCCAGACUUCAUCGAACUCAGAAAAGGAGCAAGAGGAGCUUCGACCCAGUACGGAUCAGAAACGCCGGAACAGCGAAACCUCUACCAGGUGGUUCCCGAACAUCAGAAUGUUCCAGGAGGCGCUGCGAAGGGCUUCAUGCCCAGCGAUAGAGGCUACGACUUUGCUAGUCUCGCUACUGCCGGUGAUGGAGGUAACGUUCUGGGCAGGGAGGAUCAUAGAAGCAACAAGCGCAAGGCGGACGACGUCCAACUGGCUCUGUCUCCGGAAGAGAUGCAAGGACUCAGCAAGGAAGAGCUUCAAGCUCGUUACGACGCCGCGAGGGCAAAGAAGGGAGAGAAAUUCAGGUUUUGA